UGGCGGUGAUAAUAGUGUCAACGCAACACUAGCUGUCAUUGUGAAUAUGGAACGAAAACCGCUGCUGAAUAAUGACGGCGACAGCGAUGUCAGUGAUUUGGAGAAGACAUUCGAUUUCAGGAGAGAUAGUGAUGGUGGCAUUAACGCAAUCUCAGUGACAAUAGACAAGAAGCGGACCGUCACCUCCAGUCUAGCCUUCGCUAUAACCUCAUGUACUCUCGGAUCAUCGUUUGUCGUUGGUUACAACACUGGCGUCCUGAAUGAACCUGCUGAGGUGAUCCAAGACUUCUACAACAGCACAUACUACAACAGAAAUGGAGAAUACAUGUCCUCCUCCCUUCUCACUCUCCUUUGGUCAUUAACUGUGUCCAUCUUCGCCAUCGGGGGCAUGAUAGGGGGACUAUCAGGAGGCUAUGUGGCCAACAGAUUUGGCAGGAAAGGAGGCCUUCUGAGAAAUAACCUCCUCAAUUUGAUAGCGAGUGGCCUGCUUAUUUUCUCCAAGUUUGCCAAAUCGUAUGAAAUGCUCAUAGCUGGCAGAUUUGUAGCUGGACUAUGUUCUGGUAUAGCUACCGCCAUUGUGCCCCUUUAUCUGUCCGAGACGGCCCCCAUCUCCGUACGUGGACUGGCUGGCACAUUUAACCAGCUGGCCAUUUGUCUGGGUAUACUCGUCGCACAGAUAAUAGGACUGGAAAAACUUCUAUCUACACCAGACUUGUGGCCCUAUUUACUAGGCGGCACACUUGUACCAAUGGUGUUCCAGUUAUUGACCUUACCAUGCUGUGUAGAAAGCCCAAGUUACUUGAUGAUCAACAAAGACAGUGAGAAUAUGGCAGAGCGAGCUCUGGUUUGGCUGAGAAAAGAUACAGAUGUGUAUGAUGAGAUUGAGGAGAUGAAAGCAGAAAUAGAAAAAUCAAAACGGGCCACAAAGUUCCACUUCACAGAUUUGUUUAAACACCAAGAACUCCUCACCCCGCUGAUUAUAAGUCUGGUCCUGCAGCUGUCUCAGCAGUUCAGUGGCAUCAAUGCUGUGAUUUAUUAUUCCACCCUGAUAUUUGAGAGUGCUGGACUCUCGGAGUCCAACGCCCAGUAUGCCACGCUGGGAACAGGUGCAGUCAACGUCUUAAUGACGUUUGUCUCGGCUAACAUUAUGGACAAAGUUGGAAGGAGGACGCUGCAUCUGAUCGGACUCGGAGGAAUGCUGGUGUUCAGUGUUAUUCUGUCGGUAGCGUUGAUAUUCCAGAAUGAUGCUUCCUGGCUAUCCUACAUCAGUAUCAUUGCUGUUAUGGCCUACAUCGUCUCCUUUGCCACAGGCCCAGGGUCCAUACCAUGGUUUUAUGUCGCUGAAUUAUUUGCUCAAGGACCAAGGUCAGCUGCGGUCAGUUUAUCUGUACUGACCAACUGGCUGGCAAACUUCACUGUUGGAGUUUCGUACCCAGAAAUUCAGAAAGAGAUCACAAGCUAUUCUUUCCUACCCUUCGUGGGAAUGCUGGUAUUUUUUUGGUUAUUCACAUUUUUCAAAGUUCCCGAGACCAAAGGAAAGACUAUUGAUGAGAUAACAUCUUCAUUUAAACCUGACAAAGAUAAACAGAUCCAGAGCCAAGAAAGUGAUGGCUACCAACGCCUGAAGGAAGACAACGGCUAUUCUUGAUUUAGAGUCAGAAAACCAGUAAUAUGACGUAUAUUAUGUUUAAAAUUCCAUUGUUUUAUGAUGUACACCUGUCAAAAUAUUGAUGAGGGAUAUGUGGUAUUGAGAAUGUCAAUAAGACUAUUAAUAGAAUUUCUCUCCAUCUGCCUUCCCUUAGUUUUUAUAAAAUGACUUAAUAUGUAAUUAUUUAUUUGGUUUUGAAUAGUGAGCAUGUGCAAUAUACAAUCAUGAUAAAAGGAUUAAAUGAAGUUCACAUAUUCAGAUUAGAAUUUUUUUUCAAUGUAAUCAAUAUAAUUUAGAUAAAUGUAAUAUUAAACCAGUUUCUGAUGAGCCUUCAAUAUGAGCAUUAUGACCACAUUCAAAGAAAAGAAAUUGUUUUUACAUAUUACUUGAUUAGCAUACUGCACUUUGAUUUGUUGAUGGUUUCUAUUCAGUAAAUCAAUAAAUCAAACAUGGUCAGUAGUACUAGUUUUACUGUUAAACAAGAUAGGUACAAAGAGAAAGGCUAAGUUUAGAUUACAUUACGAUGUACAUUUAUAGAUAGAGAAGUCCGCAGAAAUACUUUUUAUUUUUGAUGUAAUGUGGAUUUGGUAAUCAUUGGGUAAGGAAAGCAUUACGUUUACCAUCAUAUUUCUGUGGUUUGGGAUCUGGACAGAUAGAGUUAUUUGCUAUCCAACUUGAUCACUGAUACUUAAGAGAAAUGACAUGUGUUAAUGUACUUAAAUAUAUGUUAUCAGAAAUGUUAUCAUCUGUAUUCUGAGAUAAAUGUCAUCAUAGUUUCCAUUUCCGCAUAUCCCAGAAAUCUAUUUUUACAAAUAUUCAUGGUACAAAUGCAUUUUCUUGUUACCCUGACAUUCUAAAUUUUUAUUCUGAUUAUUUAUUACAAUAACUGUAUGCACCAGGAAAAUUUGAAGUGUGUCUCUUUGUUUACUAUGAAUUAUAAAUAAGUGGAACAGGGACAGAUUUCUGGAGACUGACUAAAAAUCUGGUGGAAAUUUUCAGAGUUUCAUUUGAUUCAAAAGAUUUCUACCUAUGCAAAUCUCGUCCUAAACAAUGCUUCCAUGUCGCCAAAAUUUACUUGUUAAUUGCUGUCUUUGUUAUUUUCAAAGGUUGACUUAAUAUAUUGUUCUGGACAAAUUUGUACAGUUGUACUCUUCUACAGUGUGUAUAAGUUUGAUAGUUCUUUAAUUUUGAAUUGCCAGGUUCCGAUAAGUUCUGAUGGUUUAGGAAGAUUGUCAUGACAUGUUGGAAUAUCUAAAAAAUAUUAAUAUUUUUUGGUGAUUUUCUGACAUAAAUGUUUUGUGCCAACUCUUUUAUAAGCAAUGUGUUUGUGUAUACAUCAUAUCGAUGUGUCUGGUUUUGCAUGAAAAACUAGAUUUAUUUACAUGGCUAUAAGUAGUUCGGAUUUUCAUGGGAUAAAACAGUCCCAAAAUUCAUUACCUCAAAUGUGUUCACCUCAUCCAAAAUCAAUUUAACUCUAUCUACAUGUGAAAAAAAAUACUUACACAAUUUCCUGAUUAGAUACUAGUUUCAUUAACACUCUGUAUCACAAUCUUAAAACUUUAGGUCCUAUCCUUUACCAGUCAAAAUAGGGGAGAAAAAGCCUUGGUGUGGUAGAAAUGAACAUUGCCUUUAAAACCAAGAAUUGGAAAUUAAAUAAUCAUGUAAAAUCAAAACUAUCUUCAAAAUUUGAAAUGUUCUAUUUCACAAAAUGGUUGUGCAAUACGGGUAUUACUUAGGACAAAGCAGAGGUAAUCAUAUUUGCUGGAAGAGCUACAUGUAGCUUCUGUCGAAGCGGAAAAGCAUUUGAUACUUUUGUUCUUGACUGAUUUUAACUUUUUUUUGGUAAAAGGAUUAAGAAGUAUGCAAAAUUCAAAAACAGAGAUCUAUUAUUAUCAAUAAUUAUUCUUAAUAUGUAGAUUUCUGUCAAAUAUUCAAAUUAAAGAUUGAAAAUAAAGGGGAUGGAACCCAAACUAUGGAGAGCUUAUGGACACACCACCAAUGUUGAUUGUAUCUUCUCUGUGAUAGUGCUAUUACGUAUUAAUUAUUGCACACCUGUUCAGGUAUAACCUGCUGUAGUAAUGUAUUCCUGUCGAAAGUGUGCCAUUUGUCCAAAGUGAAAUAUGAUAUAAUCUAGACCUACAUAUUAUAUCAAGGUAUUGUAAAUGAUAUUUACCUGUUACAUAUAUAUAUGACAAGAUGUGGACAUAUAUCUUCAUUUAUGUUAUUUACAAGUCUAGAAAAGUCAGCAUUUUGUCAAAUAUUUUUCACAAUUUUGUUUGUUGGACAACUGGGAUUAAAACAAGACGUAUAUGUGUCUUUAUGCAAAUCAUUACAUUAGGUGGAUCAUGAUAUAAAGCAGAACAUGAUAUUAAGUGAGACUUAUAGAUAGUUGUUGAUAUACAAUUACAUGAUGUAUAAUUAAUUAUUACAUGAGUAUACACAGGUACACAAAGUGUAUCUUUGACUAUCACAUAAAAUAUGGUGUAAUAGAUGUUUUAUAAGAUCAGAUAGUGGAUGGAUACAGGCCAGCAAUGCCUCCAUAAUCAUAUCUAAUCUAUUAUCCUCUGUCCAAUGAAGGUUGGUGAGGGAUCCAAUACAAAUAGGUUCUGUCCUUCCGGGUUCUAUCCUUCCGCAGAGUCUUUCCAGAGCAUACGACCAUUUCCAAAACUGUUAAAGAUAACUUCUCAAAACUUUCUGAACACAUCAAUCAAAGCAGUUAAAUUAGCGCCUUCUGCUAUAUAGGAGUUUGGAUAUUUCUUUGAUUACCAUGGAAACAAAUACAUGUUGUCAAAAUCACAGAUUUAAGCAUUUUCAGAGUAUGCGUAUCUUAGAAACCCUUUCAAAUCAUUCCACCAAACUUUCUACACACAUCAAUUGAGGGGUUUUGAGGUGCAUUCUGCUAUAAAGACUAGUUUUUAGUUUUGAUAUUUCGCUGGUAACCAUGGAAACGGUCAAAUUCAAAGUGGAUUUGAGUUGUACUACCUCCGAUAAUGUGGAUUCCUCCACUGUGCACUAUAUGGCUCCAAUGUGUUGAUAAGACUUUAACCACCACUUCCAGUCCGUCCUUCAUAUUAACUUUUAAACAUCCUACAAAUGUAUUAAAUAAUCUCAGCACGAUAUCAUGUCUGUGACUGGGCUCGCUUGAUGGAGGGUCUGAAAACAUGUUCUUGUUGCGUUGAAAAUUUGAAUUACUGUGGACAUUAUAGUUAACUGUAACCUUUUUUAAAUACAUAGCUGGGAGUGAGUAUUGCUAUCUAAUGACAACGUGACUUCUGGUAUAUAAAACACUAUUCUAUAUUUAUGAUCGGUUGGAGAUAACUUUCAGUAUCAUUUAAAAGAAAACAUUACCUUACCAUGUAUAUAAUCAGCUUAAUUAAGAAAUGAUGAAAAGUGCAAAAGAAAAAUAAUUGUACCUUACCAUGUGUAUACUCAGCUUAAUUCAGAAAUGAUGAAAAGUGCAAAAGAAAAAUAAUUGAGUUUUGAAACCACAGGUCUGAAAUGCACAAAUACUGUACCAGACACACUGACUUGGCAUGAAUACCCAUGGUAUAAAUGUAGACUGUGGAUUGGGAAUUCAUGCCCUGUCCCUGUGGGACCAGGUAUGAAAACCACAUUAAGAUUUUUUUUGUUUUUUGAAUUGAUGUAAAAUGUUUUAUCUCAUCCAUUAUAUAUAUAUCUAUAAGAUAAAAUCAUUGUUGACUUUUAAUUUAUUUUUAAUUAAAGUUGUUUACACCAGCUAGAUAACAUUACUAUUUAUAUAAUUAGCUGUUUGUAAUGUCAAAUUACCAAUGGUGGUCUGUUUCUUUCAGGAUUAAUCAUUGUUGAGGGUUAGAGGUCAAAUUAUCAGUUCAUUGAAACAUUGAGGACCUCACCACAAGGAAUCCUUAAUAAUUAGUAUUUUAAUAGUUGAGCAGUGUAUCAAGUGUUUAUAAUGAGAUUAUACUGAACAUGUAUAGAGUGUAGACACGUCUCAGCUGUAGUACAUAAACUGUAUGUAAACUAUGUAAUUUUGAAUGAAAUCAAGAGUUAUGAUAUUAUAUUGGAAGAAAUUAUCUAAAAGUACUGUGCUUGAAAAGGAAAAAAAGUCUGAAGAGCUCGAUCACAUCGCUUUUUGGUGAAUCAUUAAGACCCUUGUUCAGAGUUUUUUUGUAAAUGCUAUUGCAUCUGUCGGGAUAUUUAUAAAAAAAAUAUUGUUUAUAUUAAGUAUAAUGUUUAAUAUUUAUUUUAGAUUGAGAAAUCCUUUAAUAAAUAUAUACAUGUACAUAUAUAAUAUAUGCUCAAAUCAACUUAAAUGGCAUUUACACUUAGUUUAUGCUUUUUUUUCACUUAAUAUGAACAGCCUGAAGUUUACUUCCAAUGAAAAUGAAUUGUAGUUUUGCUGUUGGUAUAGUCCAAUGGCACAUAAUUUUACAGCUUUCCCAACAUGUACAUAUACCUCCAUUUUCCAGCUACUACAGCCAUUCCAUAUCAGAAUCUGUUUCAUUGGGUAUUAUAUUUAUGUUAUUUAUACAUGUAUCAGUACAAUGUGUGUGUUAAUAAUUAGAUAUCUAAUGGUUGUGACAUCAUUGCUGGGGCAUUAAUACACAGCCGUCCGUUAAAAAAAAUACACACUCUUUCGACUUCUUGAAAUAUUAUUAGUGCAUCGCAAACUUUAACUUAGCAAUUUAUUGAAGAUUGUGAAAAUUUUUUGGUGGCAAUGUAAUUUUAAUAACCCACCAAGAGUUGUGGAGGGGAGGGGGUUGUCAUUUUGUCAAUGGAGGGACCUAUUUUCCAAGAUAUUCCAAAAAUGCAUAUAAAAACCUUUUUCUAAAGAUAUAUAGCAUUACACUCCAUAAAUUACCCCUUCCAAGCAUUUUGUUAUUCAGAGAAAAUAUAUUCUGAAUUCAAAAAAGUUUCUGAAGAGACCUACAAUGUAAUAUUGGGAAAAUGUUGCUUUUUAAAGAGUUGUACUAGAUCAUCAAUAACCAUAUGGUCUAUUCAUAUACAAUCAUUAUGAUUAGAAGUUAUUUGACAAAAUAUUAAAAUACACAAUAUCAUAAUCAUAUUUUCUGAAUUUCAAAAUAUUGUUUGCAAGGAAUUUAUGGAUGGCAGUUAAUGUCAUUUAAGGAGAUCAAUCAAGUACCGUACUAUAAAUAGACUACACAAAUGUGAACACGGCAGAACUGUUCACUGUCUGAAACUUACUAAUACAAAUUUAAAGUGUGUUUCUUUUUGUUUUGUUUUUUUCUCUCUGUUAUUUUUUAUUAAAAAAAUGAAAAGUACUUUUAACACAGUAGAUACAUGUAGUUAAAUACAGAUGAUAAUUUAUAUUUAAAUAUUUAUAAGAAAACUAUUACAUGUAGUACUAUUAGUGUAUUUGAUAGUAUACAAUGAUGUAUAUUUUUUUAUCCAUUGAUAUUUUUCCUAUUGAUAAUUUUCAUUUCCAUGUAUAGGCCUAUUUAUUUAGUUUUUAAAAUUUGCAUGUUAUUGACAUAUAAGAAUUUUAUAUUUAUUUUUUUUAUACCAAAUGCUCAGAACUCAUUGUUCAAUUAUUGCAGUUAUUGGUGUCCCCCUUGCAGGCCAUUUAAGAUGUGAAGUUGCACAUGCCUAUAUUAUAAAAAAAUCUAUAAAUAUGUAUUUAUGGGUUUUAAAACACUAUUUACCUCAUUUGAUGUUUGUGAAGAAUGCUAAAUGGAGACAGCCAAAUGGAGUCACACAGAUAAAAGUGACGAGACUGCCCAGUAUUCUGCUUAUGAGUGCAUGGUAACAUAUCUAUUCGUGUAGGACCUGUAAUGUACAAAUGUAAUGUUUACAAAAUGUGGUUAGCUGUAAGGAAUACUUUGAAUUUUUGUUAUAAGAGAAAGUCUUAGAUUUAUGAUACGUUUUCAUGAAAUAUUACGUACGACGGUACGCCUGAUAAUAUUUUCAAACAAUGCUUUUUACAGUUAUAGUAAUUUUGACUUAUAGAUAUAGUAUUAUACUUCAAACUUAAUCAAAACGAAUUUGAUGUCAUUGUAAAAGUUGAAGGAGUAGUAGUGUGCAGCCAGCCGGGAUCGAACCAGCGACCCUUGGCUUACUGGUCCGCCGCUCUACCCACUGACCUAAAGGGAAAUUCCCCCUAGCCCAAAGCUAGAAGGCAACCAUACAACUAUGUACAGUGUUUACAAUUAAAACCCGGCCUGCUACACCGUAAACAAAGCUUACAGCUGUCUGUUACAAUUUGAUAGAUUUUAUUAGUUGACAGUAAAAUGGAGUUAUGCCCCUUUUCAUUUAAUGUCAAUCAAUAGCUAUAGUGACUAUGGUCUAGCUAGAGUGGGAACUCACUUUGGUAACGUAUAUGUAUAAUGUGUAUGUGGUAUAAAAACAGGAAGGCACAAUGUGUAUGUCUUGUCGUCUAUGGUUCAACCAUUGCUUUCUUUGGUCCGACCAUGGCAUCUAGACUUCCUCUGCACAUGAGUCACCAUUUGAAAGCACUGUAGUGAUUGGUUUUUGUUAUAAAUCCACAUAUGUAAUUGUAUUUGAUGGGACAGCUAGCUACUGUCGUGGCGGAAAAGCAUUUGAUACUUUUGUCUUUAAAGGAAGACAAAAGUAUCAAAUCAAAUGCUUUUCUCUACAACAGUGGCUAACAAAACAGCCUGGCUAAAGUAAAAAGUUGAUGAUCAAGCAUGCCAAAAGUCACAUUGCUGACCCAUUUAUUCAAUUUCAUAUAGUAUUAAUCACUAAAAAGGCUAUAUGUAUAUGAAUCUUCAAUAAAGAUAACCUCCCAACAUAUUUUGUGCCAAACACAGUGCUCUAUUGCUAACAUAACUAAUUUACCACUCGAAGAAAAUCAGAAAACCUCUGUUGAUGGGCAUGCUAACAUUCCAAGCGGAAGUGAAUGCUGCUGUAUAUUGUACACAUUGAAAUGUGGAUAUUGAAUGUUUUUAUAAUGAUAUACGGACAUAUUUUGUUAUCACUGAGCUUAGUUAUGAUUAUAAUUAUAAACUAACUGUAUAAACAAUCAUUGUAUUUUUCCAUUCUUAUUGAGAUGUAAACAGAUUUGCAGUCUUUGUAAGAAGCUGCUCCAUGGUGUCAUUAUUGCUUAAAUAAAAUGUAGAAUAUUUUUGAGUUUUUAACAUCAAAAUGAUGUAAACAUUUAUAAUAAAAAUUUUAAAUAAAGAUGAACAUUGAAUUCCAUAUAUAAGUCA